AGAGAGAGAGAGAGGGAGGGAGUGAGAGAGAGCGCCUUCUCGUCGCCAUUAACGGAGCUUCGAGGUCUCUGAAACGCUUGCUCUUCUCCUCUGAGAUGGGUUCUCGCCAUGAGAAAGAUAAGGCCGUCAACGUUCAGGUGCUUCUACGUUGCAGACCAUUCAACGAUGAUGAGCUGAGGAGCAACGCGCCGCAUGUCGUGACCUGCAACGAGUACCAGAGAGAGGUCGCCGUCACGCAGAGCAUCGCAGGGAAGCAAAUUGGUAGGAUUUUUACGUUCGACAAGGUCUUUGGUCCUUCAGCUAAGCAGAAAGAUCUUUAUGACCAAGCAGUGGUUCCAAUUGUAAAUGAGGUCUUAGAGGGUUUCAAUUGUACUAUAUUUGCUUAUGGUCAAACUGGCACAGGAAAAACUUAUACAAUGGAAGGUGAAUGCAGGAGAGCUAAGAGUGGGCCUAAAAAUCAGUUACCUGCAGAUGCAGGUGUCAUACCAAGAGCUGUCAAACAGAUUUUUGACACGUUAGAAAGUCAAAAUGCUGAAUACAGUGUUAAGGUUACUUUUCUAGAGUUGUAUAAUGAGGAAAUCACCGAUUUGCUUGCUCCGGAAGAGUUAUCCAAAACUGCAAUGGAGGACAGGCAGAAAAAGCCAUUACCUCUCAUGGAGGAUGGUAAAGGAGGUGUUCUGGUAAGAGGCCUAGAGGAAGAAAUAGUAGCAAGUGCAGAUGAAAUCUUUUCUCUUCUAGAAAGGGGGUCUGCAAAACGCCGUACUGCAGAGACUUUAUUAAACAAACAAUCCAGUCGGUCACAUUCUUUAUUUUCUAUUACCAUUCACAUAAAAGAGGCAACUCCAGAAGGUGAAGAGCUGAUCAAAUGCGGGAAACUAAAUUUGGUUGACCUUGCUGGGUCAGAGAAUAUUUGUCGUUCAGGUGCCAGGGAGGGUCGUGCAAGAGAAGCUGGAGAGAUAAACAAAAGCUUACUUACUUUGGGCCGUGUUAUUACUGCUCUUGUCGAACAUCUAGGACAUGUCCCCUACAGGGACAGCAAGCUGACACGUUUACUUCGUGAUUCACUGGGUGGAAGAACCAAGACAUGCAUAAUUGCUACUGUAUCACCAUCUGUACACUGUCUUGAGGAAACCCUUAGUACAUUAGACUAUGCUCAUAGGGCGAAGAACAUAAAGAACAGGCCCGAGGUAAACCAAAAAAUGAUGAAAUCUACAUUAAUUAAAGAUCUCUAUGGAGAAAUUGAGCGUCUUAAAGCAGAGGUGUAUGCUGCUCGCGAGAAAGUUGGAGUUUACAUACCAAAAGAACGAUACUACCAAGAGGAGGCUGAAAGAAAGGCAAUGACAGAACAAAUUGAGCAAAUGGGGGUCUUGCUAGAAAAUAAUCAAAAGAAUAUUGAGGCUCUGCAAGAAAAGUAUAAUGCUCAGCUUCAACAGUCUUCUGACCUGAGCAAAAAGCUUGAUGCCACUGAGAAAAGUUUGGAGUAUACUAGUAAGUUAUUGGCUACUGCUAGAGACGAUCUGAAGCUAGCUCAAUACACUCUGAAGGAGAAAGACUUUAUUAUAACAGAGCAAAGGAAAGCAGAAAAUGCUUUGGCGCAUCAAGCUUGUGUUCUGAGAUCCGACUUGGAAAAGUCGAUACAUGAUAACGCUUCAUUAGUUUCUAAAAUAGCUAGAGAAGACAAAUUGAAUGUUGCCAACAGAUCUAUAGUGAACAAUUUUCAAGCUGAUCUUGCAGCAAAGAUUGGAACACUUUGUAAUACUGUUGUUGCAGCCUUGGAUCGACAAAAUGAGCACCUUCGGUCUGUUGAGAAACUAUGUCAAUCUAGUCUUGAUUUUCAUGAUAAGGCAGUAUCAGAACUGAAAAGGAAAGCGUUAGCUUCAAGAGCUUUGUACAUUUCACAUAUAGAAGCUGUACAAAAUGUAGUGCGCUUGCAUAAGGCAAGUAGCAAUGCCAGCCUAGAAGAGAUGUCAUCUACGAUUUCUGCCAAUAGCUGCUCUCUUGAUCAGUUACUUGCUUCGGGGGAAGGAGAAGCAGAUCAGAUUUUUGAUGAUCUGCAAAGGGUAUUGUCAGAUCACCGUGGAGGGAUUGCACAUUUCACUCAGGAACUUCGUGAGAAGUUUCAAGUUAGUUCGGAUCGGACAAGGGAAAUGUCCAAAUUUAUUCUUGGACUGCUUGAUAAGAUAGGGAAGGGAACAAAAGAAUUUCAGAAUGACUCAACUUUGGUACAUGAGGCUCAGGUGAAGAGCAUUGCCGAGUUUCAAAAAGCAUAUGAGGAGCAAGCUAGAUCCGAGGAAGAGAAACUUUUAACAGACAUUACCAAUUUAGUGUCCAGUCACAUGCGUCGACAGAAAGAACUGGUGGAUGUGAGGCUCUCUGGCCUGGGAGAUGCUGCUCAGAGUAGCAAAGUAAUUCUGGAUAACCAUGCAUCGUCAAUGGACAUUGUCACAACUGAUGCCAAGAGGAAGUGGGAGGAAUUUUCUAAGCAGGCAGAGCAAGAUUCAAAAGAUGGUUCCAACGUUUCAGCAGCAAAACAUUGUCGCAUGGAACUGCUGCUCCAACAAUGUACAAACACUGUCGAUGCUGCUUCUCAACAAUGGAAGAAGACACAUGCAUCUGUUAGUGAGAUGAGCAGCAAACAUGUUGCUGAAAUGGAAGCACUAGUAACGAAUGCCAUUGAGAGCAACGAACAACAUGACGUUGAGGUUGCCUCUGCAAGAACAACAGCAGAAGAGGAUGUAGCCAAAAAUAGCAUAGAAGUUCUUCAGCAUUUUGACGGUGUGAUGGAUCAUGAGCGCAAGUCAGCAUCUGCAGCGAUGGCAGCAGUGGAAGCUCAUUCAGCAACGCUGCAGAAACUGCGAGAGGAUCACUCAAGCCAAGCCGCAGAUAUUAACAGCCACACGGAGAGAACAUUCCAAAACAGCUACAUGGACUAUGAGCCAACCGGAGAAACCCCCGUAAGGUCGGAACCAGAUGUACCAAGCAAAGGAACGAUCGAAUCCCUUCGAGCCAUGCCAAUGGAGGUGCUCCUCGAAGAGUUCAGGGAGAACCAUCCAUACGAGUCCACCAAGGAGUCCAAACUGUCUCUCAUACCCCGUUCUCCACUCAUCCAGCUCAACUGAUAGAUACUUCUUCAACCUCAAAGCAUCAAAAGCUCUAUCUCUCAGGAGUUCCUUAUUUCGUUUUAUGUACUGUAAUCUUAUCUCCUGGUGUAAUUGAGGGCCAUGGAGGUAGUUUAACUUAGCUCCCCAUGCUAUCCAUCUGUACUACUGUGAUGUAUGGAAGAAAAAGAAAGCAUCAAGUGCAAUAUUUUUGUGGCAUGUAUGCAUUUUGCCGAACAGUGAAUAGUUGUAUCACAAGGAGCAUUGAUUCUUGACAAUAACAAGAAAGGUGCUUCCAAA